CACGUAUGAUAAGGUGUGGAGGGACAUGUUGAAAGAUGAGGGAACACGACACACCCCCUUCCCUUUACUCUGCUACAGCAUGCUACUGCAAGCAUGACAGAUCAGUGAAAAUACAGAGUUAGAGAGAGAGAGAGAUAGAGAGGAAGAGGGAUAGAGAGAAAGAGGGAUCGAGAGGAGAGAACACGUGGAGUGAAAGAGGAGUACUGAGAAAAGUAGGAAGAAUAUAUACACCAUCAAGACUAGAAGAAAUGAAAUAAAGGAAGUCUGUCCCUGCCUCUUCUCCAUCUCUUUCUCUAUCCCAGGAAUAGGACUAUUUGAUCAUUGCCAUGGCCCACAACCAAACCAUCCCCCAAAUCAUCCCUCCAUCCCUCACAAAACCCCCCUUGUCCCUUUCUCCGUUCUCCUCCACUACGCCCCCCUCCCUGUUCCUUUCAGCCUCCAACCACGUCCUUAACACCACCAUGUCUGUUUUCGCGACGAACCAAAGCAUUGUGGGUAAUACCACCUCCACAACCGUAGGGGCACUCAUCCUGGGUCUGGUGUUUCUCCUUGGCGUCCCCGGCAACCUCUUCAUCAUCUGGAGUAUCCUGGCACGCGCCCGCCGUCGCUCUGUCACCACCCUCCUCAUCCUCAAUCUGGCAGUGGCCGACGGCUCGCUCAUGGCGCUCACGCCGUUCUUCAUCGUGUACCUUGUGAAGAAGACAUGGAUUUUUGGCGAUAUCAUGUGCAAGAUACUCUUCUACCUGUGCCUGGCCAACAUGUACGCCUCCAUCCAACUGAUCAUGCUGAUGAGCCUGCACAGGCUGGUGGCCGUGGUGUGGCCGCGGCGUGUUGCUGCCCUCGCUGGCCGGAAGGCAGUACUGCGGGCGGUGCUGGUACUGUGGAUCCUGGUGCUGGUCUCAUCCAUCCCCGCGUUGCUGUUCAGGCACAAACUGACGGCCACGUACCCCAACGGGAGGAGCCGUAUGGUGUGUGAGUCAUUUCACAAGAAGCAGAGUCAAGUGGUGCUCCAGUACACGUUGGAGACGGUGCUGGGAUUUGUAGUUCCUUACGGGUUGAUUGUAGGCAGCUACAUCUGCAUCCUGCGGAGGAUCAGACAAACCAGGUUCAGGAGGAGGAUCCACAGUGAGAAACUCAUCCUAACCAUCGUGGUCACCUUUGGAAUCUUCUGGCUGCCCUACCAUGUCAUCAACAUUGUGCAGGUUGCCGCAGCACUUUCUCCUCAAGAUUCAGCUAUAAAAGCAAGACUGGACCCUAUCUGGCAGUCCUGCCGUGCGGUCACAUCAGCCCUGGCAUUCAUCAGCAGCUGUGCCAACCCGGUCCUCUACACCUUCGCCGGCAAGUCCUAUAUCCGGCGGGAAGGCUUUGCCUUCAUGGCCCGUCUGUUCGAGGGCACUGCGCUGGACUCUGGGACCAGGAAGAACCGACAGAACAGCCAGAACAGCCGAGAGAGAGACAGGGAUGCAGAGGGGCUGAAAGAAAAGGAAGGAGAGCUAGAAUCCACGACCAGCGCCAAUGUUGUGAGCCCCAUCUGUGUGAAACCUGUGAAAAAUGUCAAAUAGUGACCCUCUGGGCUGGUAGUUGGACGCUAUGGUGGCAGAACCUAUUUUGAUGGGAAAACACUGCCUAAGACUGGUUUCCUGCAGUUCGCUCGGCGGCCACUAGAUGUAAGUUUUUCCUAAUUGGUCAUGACUGACUUACUGACUGGACCAUAUCUCUGUUUUUAGAGGUUGUGCUUCAAGCUCAGCAGGUGAGGGGGGUGAAUUUUAUAAGUGAUCUUACCGGGAUGUCUUGUCUGUCUCUGACUGCCUCUCUUUAUAUAUAUGUGUGUGUGUGUAUGUGUGUGUGUGUGUGUGUGUGUGUGUGUGUGUGUGUGUGUGUGUGUGUGUGUGUGUGUGUGUGUGUGUGUGUG